AUGUGGACUUCUCCAGAAGCUCUAAACCAUUUUGAGGCUUCCCCUGCAUACAACACAUACAGGUCUACUCUUUGUCGCUACUCACCUCUGCCCCCUGAGGUCUACAAGGCGGACUCUACCACUUUUAGAUCAUGGAUUCAUCCGAGAAAGGGAGUAGUUCUUGCACUUUUCACAGUCCAUUUUCCUGCCUAUCUUAGCGAUGAGCAGCUAGAGGAGAUUACUUCGAUUGAUGGCCUCAGCCCAGCGGCAGGUAUUGCGCCUCAGCUACGCAACUUGACCAUGGAAAUGGCGCCUCAUUUGAAGUUUUGGGCUAAUGGAACGCAAGUUGUAAAUGGCAAGGAAGUGAAAACGCGCAUAUUCGUACAUAUCUGGAAGACCGAAGAUAAGGGAGAGCGGAUUAAGCAAACGCGAACUCGUGACGGGUCUACCUUUUUGGAGAAGUUUGAGCAGAAACUAAAGGCAGCUGGAGCCGAAGACUUGGUUGAGGAACAGAUAGUGCAGGAAAACCUGCCAAGCGAGGAGAUUUUUAUGGAGGGAGUCUAG